GCGGAUGUUUCCGCCUUCUCUUUCCUGCUUUCCUGACGCUGAUGUGGUGUUCCGUGGUAACCACUAAGUUUCAGAUUCAAUCUUUAUCUAACUGGCAGUAAUCGAAAUGCCGGUCUUCCAGACUUGGGACGAGUUCGCUCGCGCCGCAGAGAAACUGUAUUUAACGGAUCCUAUGAAGGUCCGAGUGGUCCUGAAAUACCGCCACUGUGACGGAAGCCUCUGCAUCAAAGUCACCGACAACGCCGUGUGUCUCCAGUACAAGACGGACCAGGCCCAGGACGUCAAGAAGAUCGAGAAGCUGCACGGAAAGCUGAUGAGACUCAUGGUUUCCAAGGAGACGCACAGCGGCGCCAUGGAGACGGACUGAUGCUGCGGAUGCUCUGUGAUGUGUUUGGGGGGGGGGGUCCUGCCCUGAUGGAGCGUCAGGGGAGGGGUUAUAUUUAUAUCAUAUCUUUGUUUGUGUGACUGAAACGGCGGCGUUGCCCCCCCAGGCCUUUUCUGGGACUCUUUUCUGUAUUAAAGUUUCUUUUCCAGCUGCU